AUGGCCCAGCUGAGCAUCGAGUACCUGCUGCACUGCCAGGACCGCCUGGGGACCAGCCUGGCCGGGCACGUCCAAGGCCUCCAAGCUGCCCACGCUGAGCUGGAGCGCACCCAGCAGCAGGCAGCGGAGCAGGCGACACAGCUCCGGGAGGCAAAGGAGGAGAGCAGGAGGUGGAAGAAGCUGGUGGCCACGCAGUAUCUCCUCCUGCAAGCCGGCCCAGAUGCCUACUGCAAGUGCCACCUCUGCGAUAAAGCCUUCGUGAACAACUCCUUCCUGCAAGCCCACGUGCAGCGCCGGCACACCGAGGCCACCAAGGUGGAGCAAAUGGAGGAUGAGGUGGAGGAGCUGAAGGCGAAACUACGGGAGACACAGCAGCGGCUGGAAGCGGAGAGGGAAGCGGAGAAGCUGCGCAGGGAGCAGGAAGCGGAGAGAGCUCGCCAGCGAGAAGAGGAAGGCAGGAGAGAUUUGGAAAGGUGGAAAGAGGAGGAGAGGACAAAGCUGCGCGAAGAGGUAGACAGCCUGAGGCAGCUCUUCCUCGCAGCGUUCAAGGACGUGGCCAGCAGGAACAGUGCCAUGGAGGGGAAACUGCAGGAGCUUCGAGCCAGAGAGAUGGCGGUGUCCAACCUGGGGAGCCUGAGGGACGAUGACACCGAGGAGGGAUGGGGCCGGACACCAAGCUGGGCAGAGCACGAGAGGAUGGCAGUGCAGUUGACGAAAGAGAAGACACUCCGUGCUGCCCCAUCCCAGGAGGUGGUUAUGGACCGUGUCCAUCAGCGGAGCACCUGGCUCGGGGAGCAGCCCAAGGUCCUGAAGUCCCGGGAGAAGGAGAUCAAGCUGCUCUCUGCAAGCAAACCUGAAGUGACCCAGGAGGUGACCAAAGUGGUGGCUGGUGAAGAGUCAUCAGACAGGGAAGAAGCUGCCCUGGGUGGGAAGCGGAGGUUGCUGGAAGCCCUGCAGAGAAACCCAAACCUCCUCAAGCAGUUUCGCCCCAUCCUGGAGGAAGUGCUGGAGGAAAAGCUGGAGAACAUGGGGGUCAAGAGAGUUGCGAAGGGGAUCUCCACUCGGACCUACAAAAGCCUCCAGGCUCUGGUCAGGCUUCAGCAGCAACAGAAGGCUGAGAAAUUUCCUGGUCUCCUCCACCUGAGGGAUGAGUUGGUCCAAGCGGUGAUGAGGAAAGUCAGGCGAUGCAAGAAGCCCAGUGGUGCUGUGCCUCAACAGCUCUCCAUCAUCCCAGGUGAAAACCUUGUGUCGGAUGGGCUGCGUGGCUCCCCCAGGGGCAGCCCCCAGGACUACCAGGAGCCCCCUGAGGACUCCCUGGGGCGCCCUGUGGACCUCCAAAGUCAGCAGUCCCCAUGGAGGACUUGUCCCACGAUGGAGGUGAGUCCCAUCGCCUCCUUUCAGUCUCCAGGCAGCUCGGAUGCAGUGCUGGGAGGGAAGCAGCCCACCAUGUCCCCCAUGAAGCUCAGCCCUCAGCAAGAGCCGGCUUUCUCUGCGGUGGUACGGGGGGAUGAGACUGUCUCCAACGGGUCAGACCAGAAUUCGCUGGAAGAAAUGGCUGGUUCAGGGACAGCCACAUCCACGAUGGUGAGGCUCUUGGAGAGACAUCUGGAUGCAGUGGCCCAGAGACGGCUUGGUGGGGCGAAACUCUUCCCAGCCCUGAGCUCGGCAUCACCAAAAACCAGCCAGCCCACCAAGAAACUCCAGUUUGCAGGUGACAGCGGUGACCUGGACACCUCCUCCCUGGAGGACCUGGACGAGCCACCCGCGCUGGUGGCUGCUGAUGCUCGGAAGACCACCUUGGUCCCCAGGGCCCUGAGGAGCCGGGCUGCGAGGGGACACAUGGUGGUGACGGGGAAGUGA